AUGGAAAAGUUGUGGAACAGGCAUAUUGGAACUGGCAUAAGCAGAGAUUAUUCUGUACAGAAUUAUGCUCAGGCUUUAAUUCAGUUCACACACUUCGGACCUGGAUGCGACAGGAUUUGUCGAGUUUGUCAGUGGAAUGUUUAUAAAGUAGUCUUUUUCUUAGUAUCUUCUUCAUAUGUGUCCACAGCUGCUAUAGGAAGUUAUUGUCCUGUAAUAUGUGAAGUUUUUGAAAAGUUGGCACAACAAGCUGCUGUGACACCAAAGACUUCUGAAGACCUGAUUGAAAUGAGUAAAUAUAUGUUGUAUGCUAGCACAACCAUGCUGAAUGAACUGAAAUAUCGUAUCAAUGAGCAGUUAGCAAAACUGUCUCAUUUACUAGACAUGUCAUUUAUAUCAGCGGAGCACAAAGACCAGAAUGCAGUUACAGUCUCAUGGGUGGCACGUAUUGAUCCAAUAUUUCGAGGAAAUGCUGUGAUGAUAGAGGAAUGUAAGUUCAAGUUCGAAGAACUGAUUUUGAAGACAACAGAAAGUGUUCAUAAGAGACUGGAUGAUUUGGAACCAAAACUGGCUCUCUUGGACCAUAUGGUUGAAGCUGAUCACGUUGAAGAGUAUGUUUCGAUAAUGAGAGUAUUCCUGGGGAAACUGGCUGAACUUAAGCAUGACAUAAAAUGGAUCAAUAAAGAAGAAAAGCUCUUUCAGUUUGCCCUCUCAAAGUACAGCAACAAUGAAGAAUUUAAUAUAAUUAUUAAUCCGUUUGCUCAUUUGCUAUUUACUAUAUACCUGUGGCAACUAAAGCACAAAGUAUGGAUGGAUGGUCAAUUUAAAAGGCUGCAUUAUGAAGAAGUUGUCUCCAGUAUUUCAGAUUUUUGUUGCAAAUACUGA